CACAAGGACGAACAUUGUAAUUUCAUUUGAUCUUUCAGAGGCUAAAACUGCAAAAUUCCCUCCAAAUUGAAUGGACAAUUUUGGUUAAAACCCGCAGAAUGGUACCAGUACCACCUGAAUUCUCUUACAAUUAUAGACUGCAAUUACGUCAACCCCCGAGUCCCCCACAACCGCCAUUGCACAGAAGCAGAUUCCCCAUUUUCCGUAAAUACGCGCGUGAGGAGUGUGUGUGUGUGUGUGUGUGUGAGAGAGAGAGAGAGAGAGAGAGAUUUGGGUUGAAAUGGAGAAUAUCGACGAGCAGAGUGAAAACGUAGUACAGCCCCCAAUGGAAAACCCUAGUGAGGAAGGAGGAGUAAGAGGAGAGAGCUCAUUUCUGAAGAACGAUUCUUCAGAAAGCAGAGAAGAAGGAGAACUCUCUUCAUACGACGACGGCGAUCAAAAUGUUUGUUCCACCGAUCAGCUUACGAGUACCAGUGCUGCUCCACUGGAGCAGCAGGUUCACAUUGAUACAGUGAAUGAGAAUUCCCAGGAUACCCAGGCAGAAAAAUGUACUUCUUCCAGCAAAAUGGGUUGCUCGAUUGAUGUGCCUUCAGGAACUCUUCCAGAAUCAGAUCAUCCAAAGAGCUCUAAAAAGAACCGAGAGCAUUUUGUGCCAUUUCUAAUAAGCUUCUCAGAUGACAGUGGUAGUGAGUGUGAAAAUUCUGGACAGAAGAAAAUCUCAGUAAGUAAAAACCGAACCUUGGCUGCGGAUAGAAGUAAUAAACCACCAGCACCUGCUCCUCGAAGAUCUCAUAAAUUGCACAAGAUUACUAGAAAGGACGCAAAUUUGAUGUCUAGAAAAGGGCCUGCGUCUUCAUUCACCAAAAUUAAAGGAGGCACUUAUGGAAAUGUUGGACACUUGCAUAGUAUGAGAAACUUUAACAACUCAAAUAAAGUAGCUAUGCUUGACCAUAGGAAAAAAACAAAUGUACAUUCGAAUUCUAGUGAAUUGCAUGACUUGCGCCACUUGAUCGCGAUUCGCGAGAGUCAAUUGAAUCUUAAGAGAUCUCAGAAUACCAAAAACCUAACUUCAGCUUCAUGUAGGGAUAGAGAUCUUGUCAAUAAAAGGAAUUUGGUGGUGAGGGAAUCCAAAGAAACUACUUAUGAUUAUUUGCAAGAACUAAAAGAACCAGACAACAAACGCCAAAAAAUUGUUUCAGAGGAUCCGAGUUGGGGUUUCUCAAACUCCCAAGAAAUUACGUCUAUGGUCAUAAGAUCAGAAAGGUGUGCAUUAAAGGAUUCCGAUGAACUGGAACGAGCUGAUGAUAGCAGUCAUGGGGAAAAAUAUCCAACUUGCUCAGUCCUUGCUGGACAACUGAAACAAAAUGAGUAUCAGGGCUCUGCUUCUUCAGCAAAUCCACCUCUCUCUCUGAAAGAUGGUAUAGAUGCCGUAAGGAAUCACAAUCAGAGUUUCAGCAAUUUGUCAAAAGAAGUUGCAAGUAAAGCUGCCAAUAAAUUGGUCAAGACCAAGCAUGUCACUGAGCUUAGUGAUCAGUGCAGACAGCCUCUUUUACAGAAGAAAGUGACUUCUGGGCGUGUUGAUGUUAAAGUAACUGCAGAAAGUGACAGCAAUCUAGGCAGAUCUAAUGAAAGUGCACAGAAGCCCGCUCCAGAUGCUAAUGUUAUUGCAGCCUCGACCCAUGGUGCAGGCGGCAAUUUUGGUGCCAAUGUUACAUCUCCGAACUUUCCAAGCAUUUGGAACAGCUGUGACAAGCUAAAUAUUUGUGGGAGUAGCAGCAUAGACUUACAGUCGUUGUUUCAUUUAGAAGAAUUUCAUGAUAAGGAACUGGGAGAAGCUCAGGAAUAUCGGCACAAGUGUGAGGUUGAAGAAAGAAAUGCUCUGAAAUCUUACCGAAAGGCUCAAAGGGCAUUGCUUGAAGCUAAUGCUAGAUGCUCUCACCUAUACAAUAAAAGAGAACAAUAUUCAGCCCAGCUUCGAGAUCUUAUGAUGGGAAAUCCAAAUUUGUUACUGUCUUCUGGGUUUCCUGACAAAAGUGGAAUUGGGUUGGGCCCCGUACCUGCAAUUUCUGAUGUUAACGUGCAUUUGAUUCCCAGUUCAAGCUGUGCAGUACAGCCUACAUUCGGCUUUAACAAUCAACAUAGAUGCAAUUUAAAUAUCCAUCCAAACAAUGUGGCUUUUCAAAAUGUCUCUAGUGAUCAAGAGCAUUACAAUUUGGCAUCUGAUCCCGAGCCUGAUGGUAUCACAUUCGAGCCUCAUAAGGAAGAUAAUGACGCAAAUGACCCGUGCUCCCCUUCUGAGGAUGUUAUUAUGUCUCAAAAUGUGGACGAAGAGACAUUUCUCACCGAGCAUAGAUCUCAAGAAAACAGUCCAGACUAUCAAGGAAAGGCAAAAUCUAGUGUUGAUAUGGAGAAAAGUAUGAAUAAUGCAUCAGAGGGGCAAUCAGCAGUGACUAUUUCUGAGGAUUCUUUACUCCUUGAAGCAUCUUUGCGCUCUCAGCUCUUUGAAAGAUUAAGGAUGAGAACUUUGUGCCAGAAGGUGACCCGACAAGAGACCCUGGGAGCUGUAGCUGAAGGGAGAGCAGAAAAUGAUGAGAUUCUGGGAAGGGUGGUAAUAGACAAUAGAUUAUGCUCCGAUUCAGAGAAAGAGAACGAGCCACAGCAAGGUUCUGACUUGAUUCCGGGAAGGGUGGUAAUAGACAAUAGAUUAUGCUCCGAUUCAGAGAAAGAGAAUGAGCCACAGCAAGGUUCUGACUUGCAAGGCUGUGACAUGACGAGUACGAUGUCUAAGAUACCUGUUGAAGUGGAUCAUCAGUGCACCAAUGAGAAGUUUGGUUCUAAUUUUGCAUCGCUUUCAUCUAAUAUUUGUUUAGAUAGUAGUAUCACCACAGGCGACAACAAAUCUCAGUUUGCAAGCUUGGUCACCUUCUCAUAUCCGAUUCUGAAGAGUGCUAUUUUGCACUUUAAAGUUUCAGAUUUCAUGGAUUUACUCAAAUUACAGAUUAGAAAUUCCAGUGUACAAACUUCUCAUGAUCAGGGGGAAAACAAUUUCAGUGGCGGAACCAUACCAAGCAUUUCAAGUUCGGGUCCAGUUGAAGCGGCUUCAGUGGAUUUAAUUGGCAGUAAGAGUGGGUCUUACACUUGCGAUUUUGCCAUUGACCCGCUUUGGCCACUAUGUAUCUUCGAACUUCGGGGGAAAUGUAACAAUGAUGAGUGUUCUUGGCAACAUGUUAGAGACUACUCUUCUGGCAGUAGAAUGAAGAUGACAUUGGAUAAUGAUGACAAGGUUGGAUCACCAACUGAAGGACAGAUAUUUGCUUCCACAAGAACUCUCACCAAGUCACUUGACUGCCUUGGUUUGGCUCCCCCAACUUAUUUGGUUGGCUUGGAUGGUCUGAAAGCUGAUCUACAGUCAUGUAAAUCCAUUCUAAGUCCCAAAUACGGGCAACUGUGGGUUAAGUGCUUCAGUCUUUCCUUUGUUCUCUCAAGUCAGCUACACACCGAUCUGCCCUCUGAUGAGCCUUUAUUUCAUGGCACUAAUGCUCGUGUUGAGGUCCAAGGUGGUUGGAAUAGGCAAUCACUUUAUUUUCAGAGCAGAAAUGGAUCACCGGAUCCAUGCAAGGAACUAUCUACUGAUGCUGACGAGAUUGUAGAGAUGGCUCUUCUUAAUCUCAGUCAGGAGGCUAAUAAACCCAAGGGAAGGAUACAGGCUCUUGAACUCCUUGCUCGAGCUUUGGAAGCUAAUCCAAUGUCUGCAGUUCUCUGGAUUGUUUACCUGUUAAUUUACUAUAGCAGUCAGAAGUCUAUUGGGAAGGAUGAUAUGUUCAAAUGUGCGGUUGAGCACAGUGAAGGCUCUUACGUACUCUGGCUUUUCUAUAUCAAUAGUCGAACACAGCUGGAGGAGAGGCUGGCUGCAUAUGAUGCUGCACUGUUGGUCCUGUAUCGCCAUGCAUCUGCAUCUGACGUAAAUGCCAGUGCCAGUGAUUGUAUAUUGGAUAUAUUCUUGCAGAUGAUGAGUUGUCUGUGCAUGUCUGAGAAUGUUGCUAAAGCCAUUGAGAAAAUCAAUGAGCUAUAUCCCACAGAAGAGAAAUCUGAUAACCCACUCAAACCGUCUCUUCCUGAUAUCAUUACAUGUUUAACCAUUUCUGAUAAAUGUAUUUUCUGGCUCUGUUGUGUGUACUUGGUUGUGUACAGGAGACUUCCUGAUGCUAUUGUGCAGCAGUUUGAAUAUCAGAAAGAACUUUCUUCCAUAGAUUGGCCAUCUGCUGAGUUGACCUCCGAUGAGAAGCGACGAGGUGUCUCUUUGAUGGAAUUAGCGGUAGAUUCUCUGGCAUUGUACAUCGACAGAGAGUCACUUGAAGAUGAAGCAAAUCUCAGGGCAGCACACCUGUUUUCUGUCAAUCACGUUAGAUGUAUAGUGGUGCUUGAGGGUAUAGAAUGUAGUAGAAAUUUGUUAGAGAGAUAUGUCAAGUUGUAUCCAUCAUGUCUAGAACUCGUUUUGAUGUUAGCUCGGGCAGAGCAUGAUUUUGCAGAUGGAAGUUUUGAAGGUUUUGAAGAUGCUUUAGAUAACUGGUAUGAUGAAGUUCCUGGAGCGCAAUGUAUUUGGAACCAGUAUGUUGAAUGUGCACUCCGAGAUUGCAAAAGAGAUUUUGCGGAGGAAUUAAUGGCUCGAUGGUUCCAGUCUUCAUGGAAACACAGGUAUUCUAAAAAUAGUUGUCUGGAAACAGUAGAUAGUGACAACUCCCGGUCUUCACCGCAGUCUGCUUCAGUAUCUGAUAUUGCUGCUCUCUUUUCCAAUUCUAGCAAGAACGAUAUUGUAUUUGGGCUGCUGAACUGUUCCAUCUAUAAACUAUUACAAAAUGACUAUACUGAAGCUCAAUUAGCCAUUGAUAAGGCAUUGGAGGCUGCUUCUGCUGAGAAUUACAGUCACUGUGUGAGAGAGCAUCUCCUGUUCUUGACUGCAGAUAAUUUGCACGAUGAUGGGCAAGUAUUGAAACUUCUGUGCGGCUAUUUGGCUGAUAAACGUGCUUCCCUCACCUCUGAGCCAUUAUCCAGGCAAUUCGUCCAAAGAAUCAAGAAGCCUAGAGUCCGGCAGCUAGUUGGCAACUUGCUGUGUCCCGUGUCAUUGAAGCCUUACAUAGUGAACUCAGUUCUUGAAGCGUGGUAUGGCCCAUCUCUCUUACCUGAAAAGAAAGAUGAAGUCACUGAUUUUGUCGACAUGGUUGAGAGCUUAAUGUUGGUGCUUCCUUCCAACUAUCAUCUGGCAAUUACUGUCUGCAAGCAGUUAACCAGAACCUCAAAUACUGCUAAUGUACCAAGCAGCAUCUCUUUUUGGGCAAGCUGUCUCUUGAUAAGUGCACUAUUUCAGGCUGUUCCUGUGGCACCAGAAUAUGUAUGGGUAGAAGCUGCAGAUAUUUUGCAAGAUCUUACAGGUUGUCGGUCCCUAUCUGUCAAAUUGCUGAAGAGAGCUGUGUCUAUAUAUCCAUUCUCUUUAAUGCUUUGGAAGUCUUAUCUCAAGUUAUCGGAGGCUGAAGGAAAUUCAGAAUCUGUAAAAGAAGCAGCAAGGGCAAAAGGCAUUAAACUUGAGUGACAACUUGCUUUAAUAUCAUUUCUGAAGCAAAUUUUGGGAUAGCUUUUUGGUAGGGUAAUGAAUUGUGUAAAUCUGAAGAUAGAAAUAGCAGCAGAAGACAACAGACCAGAGCUGUGUAGAGAGCCAGAGAAUUAUAUAGGAUGUUAUAAAUGUAUAGGAAAUCAUAUAGGUAACAUUACCAAAGAUUUUUCUCAGGAUGAAGCCAAUUUUGUUCAGAUACAUUUUGUAUCACACUAUACCCCAGUCCCCACACAUUUCUUACUCUGCUAAAUGCUUAUAGUUUCUUGUUUA